UGGUCUGCACCUUGUUGCCAGCUCACAACCCUUCGAAUUCUAUCACUGCCUCGCCACUUUUCCAAACAUACCCAAAGACAUUCUUUACUGCCUUAGUGUCGAGAGCCAGAGACUCAAAGGACUACAUCUCCCAAGAAACCACUCGCGAGCAACACAGUGUAGCCAAUAUGGCUGCGGCUCACCUCGGUCUCCAGGGCUUAUUAAGAUGCUGCACCCGGUGGACUGGACGGCUCUCUGAUAUUUAUUUUACUGCCAAGCCUGAUGACAUGAGUUCGAUCCCUGGGUUCGAGAUGCCCAAAUGUUAUGGAAGUCAAAGUCGCUGUGUACGCCCCACCCCCCAGCUCAGGCAUUAGGGAAAUUAAUUUUUUUAAUAUUAAAAGGCAACAGGGGAUCUAUUCCGAAGGUAGGGGGUUCUCUCAAUUGAUUGUUCACACUUGCUGUCUUCUCACGACUGCACUUGACAAGCCUUUAAAAAAAGUGAUAAUAAUAACGACAGAUGUAGCAAAGGACGAGGCCUCGGGCAGCUCCAGUGCAAUACGGAAGGCGAACCACCAAGGUGCAUCUUAGUCCUCCAGGGUGCUUAGAGAGACCUUGGAGAGGCAAGGCCUCGCCCCAGCGCGUGGGAUAAUGACGCAUUUCCGGCCUGGGUUUGUUUUUCUGUCACCAGCUAAAGUGAGAACUAAAGGCCAUGAUCACGGUUAUGUCGUGUCUGUAGUGGCCUGUUCGGGGCCUCGUUUUGGGAAGAGGGUGGCAGUGCGCCCCGUUUUUCCCUUCUAAAAAUACAAGUUCGAGCUGGACGGUCCAGAGACUGAUGGCUGCGGGUGCCGGGCUUUGUACGGUGAAAGUGGAGGAGGACUCACCUGGGAGUCAGAAGUCGUCCGGAUCCGGGGACUGGCAGAACCCCGAAACUUCUCGAAAACAAUUCAGGCAGUUGCGCUACCAGGAAGUGGCCGGCCCGGAGGAGGCGCUGAGCCGACUCUGGGAGCUCUGUCGGCGGUGGCUGAGGCCGGAGCUGCGCUCCAAAGAGCAGAUCCUGGAGCUGCUGGUGCUGGAGCAGUUCCUCACCAUCCUGCCGCAGGAGCUCCAAGCCUGCGUGCGGGACCACUGCCCCGAGAGCGGGGAGGAGGCUGCGGCCUUGGCGCGGACUCUACAAGGAGCACUGGACCGGGCUCCGCCACAGGGCUUUGUGACUUUCAAGGAUGUGGCCGAAUCUCUGACCUGGGAAGAAUGGGAGCAGCUGGCUGCAGCUCGGAAGGGUUUCUGCAGAGCGAGCACAAAGGAGCCUGGGAGCGUCAUUCUGCCUGGCUUGGAAACCAGCACUUCGAGCACAGACUGGAUUCCAAAGCAAGAAACUUUGAAGGAAGCAGAGCCACAGGCAUGGACACAAGACGUGUCCCAGGGAAAGGUCCCACGAUUUACUAAGGGUGGUGAUACCCUUGAGGACUGGGAAGAAAAGCUGCCAAAAGACACUGUAGUGCUGCAACUCCAGAGUGCUGCUGAAGAGCAAGGACGCACCACCAUCUCACAUCUCACUGGUGUGUCCAAGGAAGAAGGAGUUUCUAAAAGUAAUGAACUGGGGAACAGUGCCAGCUUUGGCCUUGGUCAGCACAGCCAGACAGCAAAGAGGCUCAGUACCAAUGGUGACUGUGGGAACGACCACAAACAAGGCUUCCAUGGGAAAUGCCAUGCAGUGACACCUCCCGACCCUGUGGACAGCAGUUUGGGGCUCCAUGAAGACAAACCCUAUAAAUGUGACAGCUGUGGGAAGAGGUUCAGACAGCGCUCAGACCUUUUUAAACACCAGCGGACCCACACAGGGGAGAAGCCCUAUCAGUGCCAAGCAUGUGGGAAAAGCUUCAGCCAGAGUGCUGCCCUUGUUAAACACCAGCGGACACACACUGGGGAGAAGCCGUACGCAUGCCCAGAGUGUGGGGAAUGCUUCAGGCAGAGCUCACAUCUCAGUCGGCAUCAGAGAACCCAUGCCAGUGAGAAGUACUAUAAAUGUGAGGAAUGUGGGGAGAUCUUUCAUAUUUCCAGCCUUCCUAAACAUCAGAGGCUACACAAAGGGGAGAGACCAUAUAAAUGUGAGGACUGCCAGAAGAGCUUCAAACAGCGUUCAGACCUCUUUAAGCACCAGAGAAUCCACACGGGAGAGAGGCCGUAUGUGUGUUUUGUCUGUGGGAAAAGCUUCAGUCAGAGUGCAACCCUCAUUAAACACCAGAGAACUCACACCGGAGAAAAACCUUAUAAAUGUCUUCAGUGUGGUGAAAGAUUUAGACAGAGUACACACCUUGUCCGACACCAAAGAAUCCACCGAACUAUCGACUCCUAGCUUUCAUAUGUCUCUGCGUGACUCAUGUGGUGGUUUGCUAUUGCUGCUAUUUCUGAGAAAAAGGUCUCACUGUGCAGCCUCGGCUGACCUGGAAGUAGCUAUGUAGACCAGGCUGGCCUCAAACUUGGAGAUCAACCUGCCUCCGCAUCUGCCUCCUGAGUGAUGAGAUUAAAGGUGUAGGCCACCAUG